UUUCAUUCAUAACUUGUCCCUGCACUUUUAAACCCUACUUAAUCUUUACUUAUUAUAGUUAAUUUUAUUUAGGUAAGUACAUAACCAAUUUCGCUAGAAAAAUAUUCGUCUAUGUCAUAAAACGGUGAUUAGAGCCCGUCUACGCGACUUUGAACAGAACAAAGUUAGAGAAGUAUCAUAUUUUCAUAUAAAUUUGACAUUAAUAAUGAUAUGGUCACACUUUGUCCUUGAAAAUCUCAUGCAGAGUUGGCUUGUUUUGAUUCUACUAGACCUUUACAAAUGAUUAAAAAUAAACUAAAUUAUACUAGGAAAACAGUCUAAGCAAAGAACCGUAUAAAAGUUAUAUAUAUCAUCACAUAUAUAAAUCUUGUCAUUCACGACGACGCGUGUCUUCACUCGUAUGCCAUGUUAUUAAAGGUUAGAUUUGACAAAUCUGCGCGUUUUCGUGGAUAACACGAACUAUAAAUAUAUGAAUCAGGUUAGUAAAUAUAACAGGGUAAUUAAUCGAGCGAAUAAGUCGCAUCGAACACAGAACCAAGCCAUUUGAAACGAAAUAUAUUCCGACCCACAAUUUUCUAGCCUCAUAAGCACUUUAUGACAAUAGGUCACUGUGGUCCUAAACACACAGCUUUAGCCACUUAUCGUAGCCUCCAAGCCCUGACAUUUCUGCCAGGGGAUUGUUGACUCAGAAAUAUUUUCCCUGGGCAUAUUUACUUUUGCAUUUUUCUGGGAUAACAUGUUUACUCUUAGGUCUGAAAUUAUGUAAGUAGGUUCAGCAAAUCAUCAGAGGUAUCGAGGUGGUUAUACAUAUAUAAGUUGGUAAGCAUAUUCAAAAAUUCAAAAUUUUAUCCUGCAAGUAGGCCUCAAGGGCUCUUUUACAAGUCAAUACAACAUUUAUAACUAGCAACAUCAUAUAGUGACAUGAAAAAAACAUAACAACAUUUAUAAAUACAACAACCAAUACCUGGGUAAAUCUUACAUUAUAAUAAUCUUGAAAUAAAUAAUAAAAUAAAUAAAAUUUGGAGAUGUAAAAGGUCCCCAAUGUAUAGAGUACUAAUACUAAUAAGAUUUGGAGGUGUAAAGUCUCUCCAAGUGUCAAAAUAAAAUUUAUACUAAAUAAAUAAAUCGCAUCUGGACUGUUAAGCUAGCAGUCUCAUAAACUAAUGCUACAGAAUACAUAACUAGUAUGUAUCAAGUCAAGUAUAUUAUACAAUAUUACAGAGACGUAUAGUCUCCACGGUUAAAACAUUAAGUUUGGAUAUGUAUAAGGUCCCCACGGUCUGAGAAAAAUAAUAAUACACAAUAAUAAUGACAUUAAUAAGAUUUGGAGGUGUAAAGUCUCUCCAAGUGUCAAAGAAUAAAAAAAUAAAAAGUGUAUGAAAUGCAUGCUUCACGUCAAGAGACUGUUUAGUUAACAAUCUUAAAGCUAGUUAUUCAGAAUACAUAAUUACUAUGUAUCUAAUAAGUCAAUGUCAUCCUCAAAAUAACUAAAUUAAAUAUUUACUGCGUUAGCGAAGGUCUCUGUUUCAACUUGGGCAAAAAUACUUUCAUAUAUCCAGAUGUUCUUCUCUGCAGGUCUUAUUUCUCAACUGAUCCUCGUGAAGUGUUGGUUCGUUAGUUAGAUAGAAUUUUUCUAUCGUAUCGUUUGUUCAACAAAAGAUCAAAAUGGCGUUAAUUGGCAUAAAAGACAGCACCAGUAGGGUAUAUGGCACUUAAAAUAUAUAAGGAUAAUGACUCAACGAAGUAAAUACUUUUAAUUUUGAGGUCUACAACUCACAGAGCCACUAGUGGAAUAUUCCUUUGGAUACAGUGCAUGUCUCAUCAAACCGUGGUUACAAUAUAUUGAUCAUAUACAGGCUGAUUUUAAGUCGAGGUAUUCUUUCAAGGAGCUAAAGGAGCUAAUAUGCAACGAAAAUGACCGUAUUAACCGGGGAUCGAAAAUAAAUAAAUGAUUUCCAAGAUAUUAAGCUUUUCAGACUAUAUUAGCUACGUGUUAGGUACCUACGUAGUAAAUAGCGUCCGUUGACUUUCGAUUUUUAUUUAAUUUGUUAAGUAGUUAAUAUAAAUUAUAUUUUUUAAGAUGAUACGUGUACCUAACCAUGUAGAUGAUUCAUGAGACGUGAUAAACCCUAAACACUCAAUAAAUGUUAUGAGAUGUGGCCUCGCUCUGCAUUUUCUAUGGCAUCGGGGAGUGCUCUGAGGAAUAGUUCGGAUGAAUCGCUGCCGCUUCCUUUCGCCAUCACCCUACGCGACAACAUUUCCAUCUUCACCACUUAGAUGGUUGGCAGUCCUCAACUGUGCGUUUCUCCAAAAACUUUCUGCCUUGUACAGCUAAACUGUGGAAUGAACUGUCGCCUGCGCUAUUUCCGGACCGAUACGACCUUCAAACCUUGAAGAAAAGAGCGUACUCCCAUCUUAAAUUCCGGCAACGCACUUACAACGCCUCUGGUGUUACCUGUGUCCAUUGGCGGCGGUAAUCGCUUACCAUCAGCUCUACCAAUAAAAUGCAAAGCUAACGAGGUAUACCACCCGUGUAGUAUAAUAUGCCCCCCACAAACAUGUGCCUCCAUCUACACUGACUACGAUUGCCGUGGCGCGCCGAAGUGCGAGCCCGGCUGCGACUGCAUCUCCGAUUACUUGAGGAACGGGACGGCCAACGACCCCUGUAUACCUAGCCACCAAUGCCCAACCUCCCCACCAGUAUGCGGCAUCAACGAACAUUAUGAAACAAACAGACUCAAGUGCGAGCUGACUUGCAAGAACUACCACUUGGAACCAAUAAUGGGUCCCUGUCAGCCAACCAGCGCCUGCUUCUGCGAUGAUGGCUACGUCAGAAACUCUGAUGGAUUGUGCAUUACUAAGAAGAAAUGCCCUAAAAAUGUAGUAUGUCCGCUGAAUGAAGUGGUGUCUGAAUGUUACAACAGCUGCCUCAUGACCUGCAAGACCAGACUCAGGAGUGACGGUAGAAUGUGCCACACGGCCUGCAUUGAGACCGGCUGCGUUUGCAAGGAAGGUUACCUGAGACACGACAAUGGCACCUGUGUUCCCAUCAGCCAGUGCUCGCCACCUCGCUGCAAUGACAAUGAAACCUAUUCGAAGUGCGGUACCGCGUGUCCCCCGACUUGUCAGAACAGAGGAGACAAUUGCACUGCCUGCACUAAACAGUGCGUCGAGGAUUGCUUCUGCAACAAGGGCCUCGUGCGCUCUGAGGACGGCAUUUGCAUCAACCCUAAACACUGCCCACCUCGCGUCUGUGGUUCUAACGAAACACUAGACCCAUGCCCCCCUACGUGUCCUCCUACGGAUGGUUGCGAGAAUAUAUGGUCGAAGUUUAACUGCACCAAUGCUAUCAAGUGCUGCAAGCCUCAGUGUCGAUGCAACCCUGGCUACCUCAGAAAGAAUACAGUCUGCACCAAACAAUGUUUGAACUAGUUAAGAAUCGAUCACAUCAUACUUGACGCAACGUAUACGCAGUGCCUAGUCUUAAGGGGCCCACUGAUUACCAGUUCGCUGGACGAUUUAGGCCUGUCAGUUAUUCGCGAUUGACAGCUUUUGUGAGUAACUGACAAGCCGAUAUCGUUCGGCGAACUGGUAAUCAGUGGGCCCUUUUAUGCGUUGCGUUUUUGUUGUUACAUUUCCUAAAUGGUGCGUCAACGUCUUUAGACCAGCGGUAUGGUGGAUUCUGUUUUUGCAUCUACAUAUUUGCACACCAUCAUCAAUACAAUUAACGGACCUUUAUUAAACGUUAUUGAAUGAGAUAAGGUCUGUGGAUGGUUAUUUUAAUUUGUUGCUCUCAGUAGGUAAAUAGAGUGUAUGAUAUUUUUGACCAAAGAGUUUCCUGUGUAAAUAUUUGUUAAGAUGUUAGAUGUUCUAUUUAAGGAAACAGUGACAAUGUAAAAUAUAACUAGACUUUUAUAUUGUUGUUCGUAUAAAAUUGAGAUUCAACAAUUUAAUAAAUUAUUUGUAUAACAAGAA